UCUUGAGCAAGGAGGACACAAUCUCUUACCCAUUGAGUAGAUCACAGCUGCUAGCCAAAAAGAAUACGAGCCAUUUCCUCAUAAUGGAUAAACUGAAGGCAGUUCUUGAGAAGCUGGCACAGAUCUUCCACAUCAGGCACCGGAUUCUCCAGCAGGGCCUGGCAGAGUGCCUGGGGACCCUGGUUCUUGUGACGUUUGGCUGUGGCUCGGUGGCCCAGAUGCUUCUCAGCAGAGGUUCCCACGGCAGGUUCCUCAGCGUCAACCUGGCCUUUGGAGUCGCCACCACGCUCGGGAUCCUCAUCAGUGGACAGGUGUCUGGCUCUUACACGCAUCCUACGUUUACAUGGAGAUUGGCCCGGCACUGCAUUCGCUCUUCGAGAAUCAGGGGUGGUCACCUGAACCCGACCGUGACCUUUGCCCUCUGCCUCCUUGGGAGAGUGCCAUGGAGGAAGUUCCCGGUUUACUUCCUCUUCCAGACAUUAGGGGCCUUCCUGGGGGCCGGGAUCAUAUUUGGCAUGUAUUCUGAUGCACUGUGGGCUUACGGCCAGGGGACGCUGUCUGUGGAGGGGACCAACGCCACGGCGGGGAUCUUCGCUACGUAUCCCUCCCCACAUCUCAGUCUACUCAAUGGAUUCUUCGACCAGGUGAUCGGAACGGCCGCAUUAAUUGUGUGUAUCCUGGCCAUCGUGGACCCCCACAACACCUCGGUCCCGGCGGGUCUGGAGGCCUUCACGGUGGGGCUGGUGGUGCUGGUGAUCGGCCUCUCCAUGGGCUUCAACUCGGGCUACGCCGUGAACCCCGCCAGGGACCUGGGGCCGCGCCUCUUCACCGCGCUGGCGGGCUGGGGCAGCGGGGUGUUCACGGUGAAGUGCUACUGGUUCUUUGUGCCCCUGUUCGCCCCGUUCCUAGGGGCAGUGGUGGGGGUGGUGAUUUACCAGCUGAUGGUGGGCUAUAACGUGGAAGGAGAGGCACGCAUCCAGGGAAGACGAGAGGAAGAGGGAAGCCUCCUGAGUACAACCACCAUCAAUGAAGAGGCAUAAGACAUUAUGUGUCCUUUGUUGCUACCAUAUAAAUAUUUUACGUUGUAUAUUUUUGGUAAAGGUUUUACGUCUCCUAUGUAUUAUUCUGCAGAUUGUCUUGAAGUUUGCUUGGUUUAUUGAUUGAAACUAAUAUCCUGUAAUAUAUUGUUGAAUCCUGUUAUAAAAUGCAGUUGCACAUAGAAAGUAACAGCUGAAACCAAAUGCUUUUCAAUUUAAACAUGUGGAUCUUCUGAUCUUGUUUUGUAAACCUAGGUUGUAGAGUGGACACUGCAUUAGGUCGCAAGUCAUCUCUCCUUUCCCCCCUCUCCUGUUCUACCUGUUUCCACUCCUCUCCUUUCCUUGUCUCUUAAGACAGUCGAGACGUUCACAUUUCACAAUGAAGUUAGGUUGUUCGGAAAGGGUCAAUCUUGCCAUCUUUGCUUUUGGCGACUCAGUUGAAAGUAAAGAAAAUAAACCUUCUCCUUUGAGGAAAGCCUUCCA